AUGCUGGAUACGGAGCAGAUUGAGAAGAAACAUGAAGAGCAUUUAAAGCAUCAUGCUCGGAAUUUUGAAUACGAGGUUACAAAAUUUUGUGAUGUUGCAAAAAACACUGGGAUUGCUUUUAGGGGACAUGAUGAGAAAAAUCGUGGGAACAUCAUUGAGUUGAUUAAACACACGACUUCCUAUGAUGAAGAGGUUGCAAAUGUCGUUUUAGAAAAUGCACCCAGCAACACAAAAUAUACUUCACCUGAGGUUGAGAAAGAAAUUUUACAUGUUUUUGCUGAGAAAGUGCAAAAAAAGAUAGUUGAAGAUAUUUGUGAUUCUAAAUAUUGCAUAAUCGUGGAUGAGGCAAGUGAUGAAAGUAAGAAAGAACAAAUGGCCAUUGUUCUUCGAUAUGUUGACAAAAAAGAUACAUCAUCUUCCACUUUGUAUUCUUCUAUAUGUGCAACUCUUACUUCUUACAAGCUUGCCAUUGAGAAUCUUCGUGAACAGGGGUAUGAUGGAGCUAGCAACAUGCGUGGUGAAUGGAAGGGAUUACAAGCAUUAUUUCUUAAGGAUUAUCCAUGUGCUUAUUAUAUACAUUGUGCUUCUUGUAAACGCCAAGAUGAGCUACAAGCUGCUCAAGCUGCUAAAAUUGCAGAAUUGCUAGAAUCUGGUGAAAUUGAAAGUGGUAAAGGGGCUAAUCAGAUUGGUACUUUAAAGUGUGCCGGAGAAACUUAUUGGAGCUCACAUUAUAAUUCUAUUAGUAGUCUUCUUCGGAUGUAUAAUCCAACUUGUACAGUUUUGGAAAACAUAAAAAAGCAGGCUCUAAUUAUUAAACAAAAGAUUUUGGGAAUUACUGAUAUUCUUUGUCAAGCUUUACAACAAAAGUCACAAAACAUCAUAAGUGCAAUCACAAUGGUCUCCCAUACGAAGAAAUUGAUUGAAACCCUUAGGGAUAAUGAAUGGGGCUCUUUUCUUAAUGACAUAAUUGAGCUUUGUAAGCAACAUGACAUUGAAAUUCCAGAAUUCAAAGAUCCUUAUUUUGAAGGGAGAAGCAACAGGAAGGGAGGUCAUAUUACUAUUGAGCAUCACUGUCAUUUUGAUAUAUUUAAUGAAACAAUUGAUUUUCAGUUACAGGAAAUUGACACAAAGUUCAAUGAAAGAGUUAAAAUAGAUGUUUUAAAAUUUCAAUUGAAGCACUUUGAAGCUGAUGUGAAGGACCAUCCAUUUUUAGGGAAUUUGUCAUCUAUUGUUGAAGUAUGUCAAGGUUUGGUAGAGACAGGAAAAUCGAGUCAUUACUAUCUUAUUGACAGGUUGAUUCGGCUUGUGUUGACCCUACCGGUGUCUACUGCAACUACUGAGCGUGCAUUUUCCGCCAUGAAAAUUGUGAAGAAUCGACUGCGUAAUAAAAUGGAUGAUGAUUUUAUUACUGAUAAUCUGAUUCUUUACAUCGAGAAAGAUGUCCCUAAGAUUUUUAGUAUAGACUCUAUUUUAGACGAUUUUAAUGAUGUAAGAGAGUGUCGUGUGCAACUUAAAUGA